AGGAGCAGGGGCGCUUUGCAGAGAAUUGUUGGUUGGUUGAGGAGCCUUGUUGGCGGAGGGCAUCCUUAGUUCUGAACUGAGGCUGUCGGCAAGCCGCAUGGAAGGCUGCUGGACUGUGAGCGUCAGCUCAGAGCUGGCCUACGCGUUCCCAACGCUGCUGGAACUCUCUGCUGAAGAGAUUGUGGCAGUCUGGGACGCUGUGUCUGAUUACAUCCUGGAACAGAUGAAGCUGGACAAGGGAGUCCUGAUUCCGGGACUUGGGGUCUUUGCUGUGGUCCGAGAGCAAUUCCACAGCAAAGAAGAGGCGCUUUCGGUUCUAAGGCCUGUCUUCCAGCUGGACAUCGGGGUGCUGUGGCUGCAGGAACUCCAGUCUCCCAACGACAUCAUCCCUGACGACGUCAAGAUUGAGCCGCUCAACUACCGGCAGCUCUCGCGAGCCUCCGGCGUCCCGCUGCACUUGGUGCCACGCUGCGUGCGGGAGAGCGUGCUCCUGUACUGUCACCUCCUGAGGAGCAGGGAGCCCGUCUCGUUCGUGUUCAAGAACCUCGGCGUUAUGACCUGCCAAGACGGCUUCCUCCUCAUGAGGUUCUUCUGCAGCUGCGUUGAAACGCUGGAGAGCGAUGCCCCCGUCCUCGCACUGAUCCACACCAGAUUCUGGACGGACGAUUCUGCUGACUUCGGGCCAGAGACCGCUGCCCAUGGCAUCCACGUGUUCCCGAGGUUUCAGCUCACCGUGGAAAAGAGCAGAGCAGAGGCCGCCGCAGAAAAAAAAGCUGCCAUACAGCGGAAGAUGAGUAAAGGGGUCUCUGCCGGCAGGCUGCUGCAGAGGCGGAAGACACUUCCCCCCUCCAUGCUGCUGCAGCGCAAGCCGAGCUCAAGGCAGCAAGAUGUGGCGAAGGAGCCUUCUGGCAGUGCGCUCCCGCCGUGUGCAGGCAGCUCCCGUGGGACAAAGAAAGCGGGACAGAAGGAAACAUCUGCUGCCCAGACCAGCGCUGCACUCCCUGCCACCGAGGAGUCUAAGAGAGCACUGCAGGAGCUCCGCAAAGAGUCUGCCCUGUGGAAAGAAGCAGACCACACGUGGCCCAUGCACCAACAGCAAAUAGAGCGAGCACAGGCAGAAAUGGCGGCAUGGGAAGGCUGGAGCGCAGGGGAGGACCAGCAUCCGCCCCAGCUGCUGGCCAGGGAGAGAGUGCGUGUUCCGCAUCCUCCAGCCCAGCCCAGGAGACAGCAAGUGGGAAGGAGAUGGAGGAAGGACGAGGGUCUGCUGCCGGGAAGUAUAAUGGGGACGACGACCAAGCUGACACUGCAUGCUGACCUCCUUUCCCCGCGAGCGGCUCAGGUGCUCCGAAGGUUGGAGCCGCACCUCCGUCAGCAAGAGGUUUUUGCCGGCACAGCGGAAAGAAACCGGCAGAAGCUGGAGCAGAAGCGGCACCUCCUCCGGGCUGAAUGCUCGCACGGCUCCAGAGGGGAAGGUGCAGCCAUCGGUGGUGACCGCGGUGGAGCUCUCGGCACGGGGGCUGGGAAGCCGUCCAGAUUUCCACCUGUGAAUGGAAGAUCGUAGAAAACCAAAGACUCGUAGAACGGCCUGGGUUGAAAAGGGUCUCGAAGAUCACCGCCACCGGGCUGCCCAGAGCCACAUCCAGCCUGCCCUCGGAUGCCCGCAGGGAUGGGGCGUCCCCCAGCUCUCGGCAAGCUGUUCCAGCACGUCACCACCCUCCGUGUGAAGAACGCCUGCUGACAUCUAACCAAAUUCUGCCCCCCUUUCACAGUU